AUGCCUUUAACGACACCGGUGCUCACCGUGGACGCGGACAAUAUUCACAAGGUGGAUACCGCCAACGCUCAAAGUCUCCAUGGCAUGUGGAUGGUUUUCUCCAAAUGUGCCGAUUACAUGGACCAGGGCCGUCGCCUAGAAAACCUUAGCUGGCGUCUGUGGACCCGUGAGACUUUCUGUGUUGAGCCAAAGAAAUCCAGCAAUACCCCCGCAUUGCCCAUCCAACGAUCCGAGAACGGUGAUCUGCCCGAACUCUCUGCCAGCGUCGAAUCGGCCGCCUCCGACCAAGCUGAGCGGAUCGAAGCUCACAUCAAGCGCCCCAAGUUCUCUGAUUACCGACCUGCCGUUGUCCGGGAGGAUUCCAUGGCCAGCCUUGGCCGUGGCAAGGAGAAGCACAUCACAUCUCUUGACCUGGAACGCAUGGUUCUCAACAUCAAGGAAAAGAAGCACCUGGAGCCCAUGAGCCCUCCCGUCGAGCCUGCUGCGCCCGUCGUCGACAUCACUCCCCGUCCUUCAACUCCCACUCCCACUCCUCCCACCGCUCGCCGGGUCCCUCAUUUCACUCGACCCACUCCCUACACCCACGAGUCUACCGAGUCUUGCUCCACCACCGCCCCCGAGGGCAAUGACAGGGUGCUGCCCAGUCGACCCGAGAUGAUUAAGUCGCCCAGCAUCGUCCGCGGAUUCUCACCGUCCCACAUUUCCUCUUCGUUCCGAUCGCAGCCCCGACUAUCCAUUGACCCGAGUCCUUCCCGCUCUGCAACUCAAAUGAAGCCUUCUCCCUUGAAAAAGAAGGGCGGUAUGUUCACAUUGGGCGGUUCCUCCGGCGAUGAUGACGAGAGCUCCUUUGAAGAGCGCAUGGCGCCUCAGGUGGCUCAGGAGAGCGCGACCGGUGGAUUAAAGCCCAAGAACAGCAACCCGAGCUCUACGAAAAAGACCGCUUCAUUCAGCAACCAGGUCUCGUCCCACAUCAUCCCCAACUCCAAGGACAUCAGCCGCUCCGACGAGGACGCCAUUGAGACCGACGACGAGGUCUCCGAGAGUGCCAUCGAGGAUGAUGAGGACUCCGAUUGGGAGGACUCGGUGACUGAGGGCGGCGAAUCCAGUGUCGACGAACGUGGCGAGAUGUUCCAGCGAGUCGACUCCCGGCCAAAUCUUGUUUCCCGCCGGUCCAUGCUCACCAUGAUGAUGCACCAGCCAACUCGGAUGCAGAGCAAUGCCUUCAGGUCGAGUCCCGCGCUCCAGCGAUCUCGAUUGACCUCACCGAAUGGCCCUUCCAUUCCUCAAUCUUCACCACCCAAGGAAGAGGGAGGAUUGACCAUGCGUGGACCCGAUGUCCCUCGAUCAAAGCCCAUUGGUAUGAAGCCAGCUCCAGGGCAGUCAAUGGCCCACUCUCCUCGAACCACCCGCCGCAACAUGCUUGCCACUGAAUUGACUGAGUCUCUCCGCCGACACCUUCUCUGGGAGCGCCAACAAAAGAGCGCAACUGCCAAUGCUUUCCUCAAGCGCCGCCAUACCGCCCAUGACAUGAAGAACCUCCAGGAGUACCCCGGCCCCAAGGGACCCCACAAGGGUGUCGUGUCAAAUCAGUCAAGUGCUGAGGCAGAUCCAAAUGCCACCAACUUUGACGUGGGCAAGAAUGGUUCCUGGACCAACUACACUACCGACUACGGUCCUUGGGAAUACCACGUGAAGGGGUGGUAG